UUUGCCUGUACAUGAUCACAUUCACCCCACUCUCUGGUGCAGCUCGCAAGUCCCGCACAACUCCUCUAUGUUACUUACUUCAGAUUGACGAUGUCAGAAUAUUACUUGACUGCGGAUCCCCGGAUUGGAAUCCAGAAACACAAUCAGCUUCUGAAUCAGAGGGCUCGACGAGUUACACUUGGGACGAAUAUUGCCGAAAUCUAAGAGAAUGUGCUCCGACCGUUGACUUGAUUCUAAUGUCUCAUGGAGACCUGGCUCAUUCAGGACUUUACGCGUAUUCCUAUGCUCGGUGGGGACUUAAAGCCCCAGCGUACACGACACUCCCCGUCCAGGCUAUGGCAAGGAUUGCUGCAAUGGAAGAGGCGGAAACUAUUCGAGACGAGCAGGAUGUUGGUGAUGAAGGCGAGAAGCCCAAUGUAGACGAAAUAGAAGGAGUAACGCCAGUCGAGGAGACAUUAGGCGACUCUGCAGUAGCCCAGCUUCGGGUUGCUACGUCGGGGAGAUUUAUUGCAACGACAAGAGAGGUUCAGGAUGCAUUUGACUCCGUAAACACGCUUCGUUAUACACAACCCGCACACCUUCAAGGGAAAUGCCAGGGUCUGACAAUCACUCCUUUCAAUGCUGGACAUACCAUCGGUGGAACUAUAUGGAAAAUUAGAUCACCAUCUUCUGGGACUAUCAUAUAUGCUGUGAAUAUCAACCAUAUGCGAGAACGCCAUUUAGACGGCACUGUUCUUCUACGAUCUACCGUUGGAGGCGUUUUUGAGCCAUUAGCCAGACCGGACCUCCUUAUCACCGACGCUGAACGCGCCUCUGUAAUCUCGAGUCGACGAAAGGAUCGGGACGCGGCACUCAUUGAUACUGUAACGUCCACUUUGUCGUCGAAAUCAUCCCUACUUCUUCCGUGUGAUCCGAGUACACGCAUUCUGGAACUGCUGGUGCUGCUGGAUCAACAUUGGAGUUAUUCGCGGUUGCGAUUUCCCAUAUGUUUACUUUCUCGCUCUGCAACUGAGAUGUUGACAUUCGUCCGGAGCAUGAUGGAAUGGUUAGGAGGCACUAUCAGCAAAGAGGAUGUGGGUGAAGAUGGGACCGGCAACCGACAUGAUCGUAAACGUAAGCGAGGGGACGAUGAAGGUGACGAGGAAGCGUUAGGUGCAUUCGCUCUUCGUUUCAAACACCUCGAAUUCUUUCCUAAUCCUCAAGCGCUGAUUCAGAAAUAUUCCUCCAAAGACCCUAAACUCAUUUUGGCAGUUCCUGCCUCGCUGUCACAUGGACCGUCCCGACAGUUAUUUUGCAAUUUUGCGGCUAUCCCUGACAAUGUCGUGCUGUUAACUGGACGCUCCGAAGAGGGCACUCUUGGUCGUGUGCUGUUCAAUAUGUGGAACGAAAGUCAACGGUCCGAAACAAAGUGGGACAAAGGGAAAAUUGGAAGUAAUAUCAUGAUGGACGGAGUACUCAAACUACAGAUGAAUGCCAAAGUGCCCCUUCAAGGUGCGGAGCUGGAAGCACAUUUGCAACAAGAGCGCAUUGCUCGAGAGGAAGAGCAAGCUGCACAAGCCGCCCUAGCUCGCAGACAGAGGAUGCUUGAAGCAGACGAAGACGACAGUGAUUCUGACUCUGAUGACUCUGAUGAUGAGGAAGAAGUCAGGAGAACUCUUGGUGAUGGGGAUGACGACGAGUACGAGGGCAAAAGCCACAAACGUGAUAAUACAGACCGAGCAGCUUGGAACAUGGACACAGAUGAGGGUCUCACAAAACAGCUAUUGUCCUACGACAUCUACCUCAAAGGAAAUGUGUCAAAAGGCACCUCCUUCUUCAAAUCCGUAGAUGGACAGGCCCAGCGUUUCCGUAUGUUUCCUUAUGUUGAAAAGAAGCGUCGAGUGGAUGACUAUGGUGAAACCAUUGAUGUUGGGAUGUGGCUACGGAAAAGCAAGAUCCUCGAAGAUGAAGCCAACAAUAGUGACCCUAACGAUCCCCGCCGUAGGCAAGCCGAGAAAGUAGAGCGGCAAGCAUUAGAACCUCCGUCGAAAUUUGUUUCGUCUGAAGUUGAGGUACAGAUGGCUUGUCGGCUCCUGUUCGUAGAUAUGGAAGGGCUCUCUGAUGGUCGAGCGAUCAAAACCAUCAUCCCCCAAAUAAGUCCCCGAAAAAUGGUUAUUGUCCAUGCUUCUGAAGGCGCUACAGAGGCUCUUAUAGAGAGCUGCUCUAACAUCCGCGCCAUGACAAAGGACAUUCAUACACCGGCAGUUGGUGAAAGCAUCCAAAUCGGGCAACAAAUCAGUAAUUUUUCCAUUUCUAUUAGUGACGAACUACUUCAAAACUUGAAGAUGUCCAAGUUCGAAGAUAACGAAGUCGCUUUCGUGACCGGAAGAGUUGUUGCUCAUGCCAGCUCCAUUAUCCCCGUCCUGGAACCGGUCUCCGUCAGACCUACACGAGAACACUCAGAACACUCAGAUGACCAAAGUAUACCAGACGCUGGAAGGCAACAACCGCGUAUUCUGGGUUCACGCCCAGUUGCUACUCUUCCUAGCUCGACAAUGAUCGGAGAGCUAAAACUGACCACUUUGAAAUCUCGGCUCACUGCGAUCGGCAUUAACGCUGAACUUAUUGGAGAAGGUGUGUUGGUCUGUGGUGCAAGUAAUGCGGACGCCUCCAAUAGGCUUGAGAACACGGUAGCCGUCCGAAAAAGUGGGAUCGGAAAAGUCGAGUUAGAGGGAAAUGUGUCCGAUGUAUAUUAUGCGGUUCGAAAAGAGAUAUAUAACUUACACGCCCUUGUAGCCGCAUAA